AUGCUGGAAAUUCGCUUCAAAUGUCGAGGCAAUGACGAAGACUUGGACCAGGCUAUAGUACUUCAGAUGGAAGCGCUGGCUUUGCACCCGGUCGGUCACACAGAUCGGUCCAAGUUAUUAAAUAACCUUGCCACUGAACUCUCCUCCCGCUUUAAGCACCGAGGCAAUGACGAAGACUUGGAUCAGGCUAUCGCACUUCAGAGGGAAGCACUGGCUUUGUGCCCUGUCGGUCACACAGAUCGGUACAGGUCAUUAAAUACCCUUUCCACUCAACUCUCCUCCCGCUUUGAGCACCGAGGCAAUGAUGAAGACUUGGAUCAGGCUAUCGCACUUCAGAGGGAAGCGCUGGCUUUGUGCCCGGGCAAUGACGAAGACUUGAAUCAGGCUAUCGCACUUGCCAGGGAAGCGCUGGUGUUGCACCCGGUCGGUCACACAGAUCGGUCCAACUCAUUAAAUAACCUUGCAAAUCAACUCUCCUCCCGCUUUGAGCACCAAGGCAAUGACGAAGACUUGGAUCAGGCUAUCGCACUUCAGAGGGAAGCGCUGGCUUUGCGCCCGGUUGGUCACAGAGAUCGGUCCUCGUCAUUAAAUAACCUUGCGAAUCAACUCUCCUCCUGCUUUGAUCACCGAGGCAAUGACGAAGACUUGGAUCAGGCUAUCGCACUUCAGAGGGAAGCACUGGCUUUGCACCCGUCGCUAAAUAACCUUGCGAAUCGACUCUUCUCCCGCUUUGAGCACCAAGGCAAUGACGAAGACUUGGAUCAGGCUAUCGCACUUCAGAGGGAAGCGCUGGCUUUGCGCCCGGUCGGCAAUGACGAAGACUUGGACCAGGCUAUAGUACUUCACAGGGAAGCGCUGGCUUUGCACCCGGUCGGUCACACAGAUCAGUCCAUGUUAUUAAAUAACCUUGCCAAUGAACUCUCCUCCCGCUUUAGGCACCGAGGCAAUGACGAAGACUUGGAUCAGGCUAUCGCACUUCAGAGGGAAGCACUGGCUUUGUGCCCGGUCGGUCACACAAAUCGGUCCUCGUCAUUAAAGCUAUCGCACUUCAGAGGGAAGCACUGGCUUUGCACCCUGGUCGGUCACACAGAUCGGUCCAUGUCAUUAAAUAACCUUGCGAAUCAACUCUGCUCCCGCUUUUCGCACCAAGGCAAUGACGAAGACUUGGAUCAGGCUAUCGCACUUCACAGGGAAGCGCUGGCUUUGCGCCCGGUCGGUCACACAGAUCGGUCCAUGUCAUUAAAUUACCUUGCGAAUCAACUCUCCUCCCGCUUUGAGCACCGAGGCAAUAGAGAAGACCUCGACGAGUCACGAGAGAAUCUAUGCUGUGCAUUGACUCUGUUGACGCAACAUGAUCCUCGUCAAUUAGUAGUUCAUAACUCGCUAGCUAGAGUCUAUCUAGCAUUCCAUCAUUCGGGGCUUGACGGCACCAGAGCAGGCGAAGAUACUGACAGUCUAAAUUCUGCGAUGCAUCAUCUCAAGGCAACAGCAAAUGUUGUUUCCGGAGGCUCGCUUUCUCGCCUGCGAGCAAGUCUACGCUGGGUUCGCCAUGCUAGUCAACAUUCACAUGCCACUGAGCUGGAGGCUUAUGCAACUUCCGUGCAACUUCUGGACGCUUACAUGUCCACGACGGCUUCAGUCUCGUCUCGUCAUAAUAUCAUGAAGGAAUUCCCAAGUACACUUGCCGUGGAUGCUGCAUCGUGUGCUCUUUGUAGUGGUGAUGUGUGUCGCGCUGUUGAGUUGUUGGAACAAGGCAGGACUAUCAUCUGGACCCAGAUGACACGACUCCGCACACCUCUUGACAGCCUCCAGACAUGCGGCGAUCACGCAGCAGCCCUGGUGAAGAAAUUCAGAGACCUCAGCUCCAUCCUCGAUAAACCUCCUGCGAAUGAUCGAGAAGCAACCCCAAGAGUCGAUGUAGAAGCAGAAGAAGCCCGGUACAGACGUGUAGUGAAGGACUGGAAUCGAGCUGUAGAAGAAAUCCGGAAGAUCAAAGGCUUUUCUCACUUCCUCCUUCCUCCCUUAUUCUCCGAUCUCCAAGAUGCAGCUCGUGACAGGCCUAUUAUCAUGCUCAUCGCAAGCAAGUUGUCUUGCGAUGCCGUUGUUAUCCUGCACAAGCAGUCUCCCACUCAGAUUCCACUCCCUACCAAUCUUGAGAAACUCCAGACAUGGCCAGAUUCCAACGCAGAAUUGUGGGAUGACGUUGUCCGCCUGGUGGUCGAAAAUCUGGGUGGAUUUGCACAACCACGCUCCCGAAUAUGGUGGUGUCCGACGUCUGUCUUCAAUUUUUUGCCAUUGCACGCCGCUGGCCAGUACUGGAAAGAUGGACAGUUCCUUUCACAGUUCUACGUCUCUUCAUAUACACCAUCGCUUACCGCGCUGAUAAAGACUCGCAGACACGACAGGUCUCUCUCAGUGUCCUUUGCUGCCAUCGGUCAGGAUCGCCCAGCCAGUGCUUCACACACUUUGGAAUUCUUUUACCCCCUCCCCCAACCGGCACUGCGCGCGCUGCGAGAGAAUACUUGGCUCCAUUUUUCCUUUCUUAUGCGAGACCAGCCGCUUUCACUCCUUGAUAUCACACAAACAGAUCUGUCUUGGCAUGAAUUCACAUUUCUUUCUGCCUGUGAUACCGCAGUCGGUGACUAUGAUACUCCUGACGAAGUGAUACACCUAGCGGCUGGCCUGCAAUUCGCUGGAGUUAAGAGUGUCAUUGGGACAUUAUGGAAGGUCGACGAUAGUACUGUGCAGCGCUUAGUCGAGGCAUUCUACAAACACUUGUGCGGGAUGGCAAAAUGA